AUGUUGUGUAACAGACAAGUUGAAGAAGUUGGCAACACAAAAUCCAGUAUUCACUGUAUCAACAGGAUUAGAAUACAAUAUAGAUGGACUGAAGAAAGGAUUCGAUUUAUAGUGAAAGUAUUCCUUAUGUGUAUCAUUCAGAUUUUUCUAACGAUAUUUCUACAGGCAUUAGUACAAUCAAUAACCGCAUUAUAUCACUUUUUUCUAUUCAAUGACUGGAUUGAUUAUAUAUUUGGCUCAGUAUCUUUGGCAUUAACAGUUGCACUUAUCAUGAUACGCAAUCUACGGUACCUUCAACCCUACAACUACCUAAUACUUAUGAUGAUCACGCUCAACAUCAGUGGAGUAAUAAUCUGCAUGUCAGUGUCAGUUAGACAAAUGUGGGUGUUUGUAAGUUGGAUGGCAGCAAUCAUUACUUCAAUCUUCACCUUCUUGAUUGGAGUUAAACUGAGACCGGAUGUCACCAAGAUCUACAAAUUAUUACUCAUUUACAUAUCGAUUGUCACUAGUGUUGCUGGUAUAGAAGUUCUCAUAUUAUACAUCUUGGGGCAUCUACAGGCUGCUCAAAAUAUAAUUGGCAUUUCUACUCAAUUCGUUGUAUUCGCGCUAAGAUUAUUUGGGAGUCAAAUGCUUCAAGGAACUCGACAUUUCACCUUCGAAAUACAAGAAUAUAUACUGGCAAUUUUGUUUCAUUGGAUGUUAACAUGCUUCUCGUAUGCUGGAUUUCUCAUGAAUUUUGCGACUAUUCCUAUCUAA